AUGUCAUGGCAGAACAACCAGACUUUGGGGCGUGACUUCCUCCUCUCGGAUCUGUUUCAAGGCACCUCCGCUCCCUGGACCUUCUUUGCCCUCACCCUGCUGGAUCUCCUGGUGGCCCUGCUGGGCAACACCACAAUAAUCAUCCUCAUUAGGGCUGACCCUCAUCUCCACAGUCCCAUGUACUUUCUUCUCGGCCAGCUCUCCCUCAUGGACCUACUGUACAUCUCUACGUUUGUCCCCAAAAUGGCCCUGGACUUUCUCUCUGGGGAUCAUCUCAUCUCCUUCUUUGGGUGUAGCACUCAGAUGUUCCUCUUCACGACCCUGAUGGGGUCAGAGUGCCUGCUGCUGGCCGUCAUGGCUUAUGACCGCUAUGUGGCCAUCUGCCACCCACUGCACUAUGCUAUCCGCAUGCGCCCCAAGGUCUGCACACUCCUGGUGCUCACGUCCUGGCUGGGCGCACUGCUCAAUGCCCUCAUCCAUGUUAUCUAUACUCUGAAUCUCCCUUACUGUGCCUCCAGGGAAAUCCAUCAUUUCUUUUGUGAGAUCCCAGCCCUAUUAAAGUUGGUCUGUACUGACACUUCCCAAUACGAAAAGGGUAUUUUUGUCAGUGGUUUAAUUUUUUUCCUUUCUCCAUUCUCAGCCAUUCUGGCUUCCUAUGGACGCAUACUAUUCACUGUCCUGGGCAUGGGAUCAAGCCUGGGGCUCCGGAAGGCUUUGGCUACUUGCUCUUCCCACAUGAUCGUGGUGUCUCUGUUCUAUGGGGCUAGUAUCAUCAAGUACUUUCUGCCCAAGUCCUACAACUCUGCUGAGCAGGAUGAAGUGCUCUCGGCCUUCUACACCAUCCUCACGCCCAUGCUCAACCCCCUCAUCUACAGCCUGCGGAACAGCGAUGUCACCCGAGCCCUCCGGAGGGUGCUGGGGAAAUAUUUUCUUCUACUCCAUACCUCUAAAUAUAAUUUCCAGAAUACGGUUCAUAUCUGGAUAUAUUGCAGCUAA